UUUUUGUCAAACAUUGUUUUACUUUGAUAAGGAUUAUGAGUUCCAAGACUUUCGUCCAAACACUUGCUCUUUUAGCCGUUGUUCUUCUCAUCUCUUCGGAGCUGGCUCCUGGAGACCUACCUGAAACUACCACAGAAAUCAACAAUGCUGAGGUGGCUACUCCAACAACUGGGGAUGUGAGAAUAGACGAAAGUCGUCACCACUUUCACGGAAGCUCCAGAUUUGUAUGCCGUGAAUUUGAUCAGAGAGGAAUUUGCGGGAGGUGAUGCGCUUACGCUGGCGUGGUGGUCGAGGUUGAACCUCAUGGCUAUCGUCACAACUUAUGUAGCAUUUGUGAUCUUUGCUGCCCAUACUUUGGUCUUCAUCUUCUUUAUAGCAUCUACAGUACCAUCUUCGCAGUAUAUCUGUUUCGGUUUUGUCAAUGAGGUCGUGACUUCUUGCUUCAGCGGUGUGCCGUUUUCCUGCCUUUUGUUCUGUUUCCAUCAAGCUGUUCUUUUUUAUUUUGCUCAAGAUUCUUGAGUAGUAUGCUUUGAGCAGAUUUGGGUACCCAAUGUUUUUUAAUAUAUUAUCCUUUCUUUGACUGAGAAAAAAA